CGAAAAAAUGCUCAAUCAAUCAAUACUGAAGUGGACGCCUUCCCUCACUACAUACUGAAUCACAAUACCGACAAAAACUUGUAAAAUGGUGAGAACUAAAUUCAAGAAAUUUAUGCACACAAAAAUGUUGAUUGCAUCAGCAGCCGGCUUCAUCACCAUAGCCACCUCAAUCUUCCUCACACUCCCCCAACCUCAACCUCAUCCGCCCUCCUUCUUCCACUCCCUCUUCCUCUCCCAAUCCGACAACAAUUCCAUCUCCCGCCACCUCCACACCCUCACCCUCCGCCCCCACAUCGCCGGCUCCGACGCCAACGCCGCCGCCGCCGCCUACGUCCUCUCCACCCUCGCCUCCUACUCCAUCCCCUCCCACACCGCCCCCUACUUCACCGCCCUCACCUUCCCCCUCCGCCGCUCCCUCACCUUAACCCCCCCGCCGCCGCUCCCGCCGCUCGAAUUCUCCCUCCGCCAGGAAAUCUACGCCGGCGACCCCUACGCCGCCGUCGCCGGCGAAGUCACGCCGACGUUCCACGCCUACGCGAAGUCCGGCGCCGCCAGCGGCCCGGCCGUGUACGCCAACUACGGCCGGGCCGAGGACUUCGCCGCCCUCGCCGCCGCCGGAGUGAACGUCUCCGGCGCCGUCGCGGUGGCGAGGUACGGCGAGAUUUAUAGAGGAGACAUCGUGAUUAACGCGGCGGCGGCCGGGGCCGCCGCCGCAGUGGUCUUCACCGACCGGAAGGAUUACGGUGGGGAGAGGUGGUUUCCGGAGGAGCGGUGGAUGCCGCCGAGCGGGGUGCAGGUGGGGUCGGUGUACACCGGCGCCGGCGAUCCGACGACGCCGGGGUGGCCGAGCACGGAGGGGUGCGAGAGGGUCGCGGACGAGGAGGUGGAGGCGUCCGGGGAGGUGCCGCUGAUUCCGUCGCUGCCGGUUUCGUGGGCGGACGGGGACGCGAUUAUGAGGUCGAUGGGGGGACCGGUGGCGGACGAGGAUUGGCAGGGAGGGAAGGAUGCCGGGGUUUAUAGACUUGGCCCGGGGCCCGGAGUUUUGAACUUGAAUUAUCAGGGAAAACAAGUGAUAACCAAAAUUGAGAAUGUGAUUGGGAUCAUCCAAGGAUCAGAGGAACCAGAUAGGUAUGUGAUUCUUGGCAAUCAUAGAGAUGCAUGGACAUUUGGAGCUGCAGAUCCCAACAGUGGCACAGCAUGUAUGCUUGAGGUUGCUCGAAGAAUGUGGAAGCUUCAGAAGAAGGGGUGGAAGCCGAGACGGACCAUUCUCUUCUGCAACUGGGAUGCGGAGGAGUACGGCCUGAUAGGAUCGGUGGAAUGGGUUGAGGAAAACAGACAGAUGCUGGAAUCACGAGCCGUGGCCUACUUGAACGUUGAUGUUGCAGUUGCCGGACCUGGAUUUGAGACCUCCGCAACUCCACAGCUUGAUGAACUGCUUGUGCAAUCUGCUAAGCAGGUUAUGGAUCCGGACAACUCAUCACAGACGAUUUAUGAUUCGUGGACUAGCUCGACAGGCGGUGCUAAGGUCGGGAGACUGGGAGGAGCAGGGUCGGAUUAUUCAGCGUUUGUGCAGCAUAUCGGUGUUCCUUCAGCCGAUAUUGGCAUUGGCGGAGGUUAUCCAGUGUACCACUCAAUGUAUGAUGACUUUGUUUGGAUGAGCAAAUUCGGGGAUCCGAUGUUUCGAAGGCAUGCUGCAGUGGCAAGUAUUUGGGGUUUAGUGGCACUCAGGCUAGCGGACGACGUGAUACUACCUUUCAACUACUUGUCUUACGCUCACGAGCUUCAGAUAAGUGCCGAUGAAUUGGAAGGUCAAGUGUUGCUCAAAGGCCUCACCAUUGAUCCCAUGAUCAAGUCCAUCGAUGAAUUCAAGAAAGCGGCUAUUCAGAUAAAUGAUGAGAUCAAGGCGCUGGAAGGAAGCUGGACAGCAAUGUGGAAAGACGGUCAGAAGGUGCGAGAGGUGAACGACCGGCUCAUGAUGGCCGAACGUGCGUUCACAGACCGCGAGGGUCUUAAAGGAAGAUCUUGGUAUAAGCAUUUGGUCUAUGCCCCAGCAAAGCACAAUGACUAUGGUUCUACGUUGUUUCCUGGUGUAUAUGAUGAGAUUGAGACAGCGAAGAGUGUGAAUAGUACCGAGUCUUGGCGUGCGGUGCAGCACGAGAUUUGGAGGGUGGCUAGAGUCAUUAGGCAGGCUGCAUUGUGCCUCAGAGCUGACCUGACAUGAAAGUUUGGCUGUUUUGUUUAUGAUUGUUACAGAUGGGUUGAAACAAUUGUUAUGUAAUAGUCAAGUUCUUGAUGUGUAUAAACAAAUAAACGAUGAUCACAAUGAUUGAACUUUCAUUCUUGUUUGUCAAA